AUGAGCAUGGUUCCCUUUGAAAGCAAAGCGUUGGUACAUCAGACGUCACUGAGGGCCACAACGGCGGGACUACUAAUAGGAUCACUGGUUCUGGUGUCCAAUUUCCAGUUUGGGUUACAGACUGGAUGGGUAUCGAUGAUGUCGUUGCCAUCAGCGUUGCUUGCGUGCGCUAUCUUUAAGCAGGUUCUGCCCAAAAUUUAUCCCGACAUGGCACCUUUUAGUGAUGUGGAAAACGUUUACAUUCAGUCCCUCGCCGUCGCAGUCGGCACGGGACCGCUUGCAUACGGGUUUGUGGGUGUCAUACCGGCGAUUGAGAAUUUCCUGACCGCUGAAGAAUCGGGCUUUACUAGGGAGCAAGGUGCACCUUUCACAUUCCAGCAGCUUUUGUUAUGGUCUUUAGCACUGGCGUUUUUCGGUAUUUUCUUUGCAGUUCCGCUUCGCAAGCAGGUCAUCGUAAGAGAAAAACUGCGGUUUCCUAGUGGCAGUGCAACCGCUACUUUGAUCGCCAUUCUAAACGGUUCUGAGAUCCUGCAGGAGAUUUCGCCUCUGGAACUAAAAGAACUGCGGGAAAGAAGAUUGCGAGAAUAUAGCGAGGUUCUUUCUAGUAGUGAUGGAUACAACAUGUUGGAAGAAGAUAAUCAGCGAAACUCAGCAGUAGACGAAGAGGAACCAAUCCGCAGCGAAUCGGAAGAACCUAAUCGCGGGAACUAUUAUGGAUCUACUCCAGAUAUUCCGCCGGCUGCUACUGAUGCCAAGUCCACAUACGAGAAAAACAUUGCCAUUUUGGUCAAGACCUUUGCUGUAUCGUCCCUGUAUACCAUCUUGUCUUACUUCCUGCCCGCGAUAAAAGCCAUUCCUAUAUUUGGAAACCGGCUUUCGCAAAGCUACCUAUGGAACUUGCAGCCAUCUCCCGCGUAUAUUGGUCAAGGUAUUAUUAUGGGGUUGUCAACUGUCGUUUACAUGCUCUUAGGUUGUAUAUUAGGUUGGGGCGUGCUUGCACCACUAGCCCGCUACAAAGGAUGGGUGGAUCCUGAUGCAGACAUAAAUGAUUGGGAAAAAGGUGUUCAGGGCUGGAUUCUAUGGUCAUCUUUGGCGGUGAUGGUGGUAGACUCAGUCGUUGGGUUUAUUGUGUUCACUACAAAGUCAGUUCUUAGAUUUUGCCUUCGUGAUGACAAAAGGAUAGCGCUGGAAUCUAUGAUCGACGACUCUUUACAAUCUAUGUUGUUAGAGGAAGAGAGGAUCAUUAACAGAGAAAGCUGUAGCGCGGGCCGCCGGCGCAGCACCGUGAAACUUGUUAGCUCGGACCAGGAGCAUGAAGUAGACUCCAGGCAGUUGGUGAAAUUAACUACAGUUAUCAGCGGUCUUAUCGUGUCUUCGAUUAUAUGUGUUGUUUGCAUCACCUAUCUUUUCGGAACCAAGAUUGUCCCGCUGUCAUCUGUCUUUGUUGCGCUUAUAUUAGCACUUUUCUUGUCGGUGCUUGCAGUGAGAGCGCUGGGUGAAACGGACUUGAACCCUGUUAGUGGGAUAGGGAAGUUGUCUCAAUUGGUUUUUGCCAUGAUUACACCUCGUACAAUGAAAGGUGGAGUACUUUUGAACCUUGUUGCUGGCGGGAUAGCCGAGGCUGGCGCUCAGCAGGCUGGGGAUUUGAUGCAAGAUUUGAAAACGGGACAUCUAUUAGGUGCGUCUCCAAGGGCGCAAUUUUUUGCUCAACUUAUUGGGGCAUCAUGGUCUAUUGUUCUUUCCAGCGUGAUGUAUCUCCUUUACAAUCGCAUCUACGAAAUUCCUAGCACACAAUUUCGAGUCCCAACAGCAGUAAUAUGGAUCGACUGUGCGCGACUAGUGACAGGUGAGGGCCUUCCGGAUAAAGCUCUUGAAUGUACAAUUGUAUUGGGAACCAUUUUUGGCAUUUUGUCACUGAUUAAAAACUUGUAUCGCGACAAAGGGUACAAAUGGCUAAUUUGGAUCCCGUCUGGUGUGGCAGUAGGUGUUGGUAUCUACAAUGCACCAAGCUUCACCCUUGCAAGGUUCAUAGGAGGUUGUUUUGCACAUAUUUGGCUGCGGACUCAUCGUGGGGACACGUCUGCAAAGACCUCUAUGAUUGUGUUCAGCUCUGGCCUCGUACUCGGAGAGGGUAUCUGCAGCAUUUUCAAUAUGAUAUUUGCGGGAUACAACGUACCACACUUAUAG